AUGCCUCACUCAUUCGGUUACCGCGCACGUACUCGUCACCUUUUCUCUCAAGACUUCCGCAAACAUGGACCAGUCAGAUUGAGCACCUUCUUGCGUUCUUUCCACGUUGGAGACAUUGUUGAUAUCAAGGCAAACGCCUCCCAACAAAAGGGUAUGCCCCACAAGUACUACCACGGAAGAACUGGUGUCGUUUUCGGUGUCCAACCCCGUGCUGUUCAAGUUUUGAUCUACAAGACUGUGGGAAACCGUAAGAUUGAGAAGCGUGUCAACUUGCGUAUCGAGCACGUCAAGCACUCCAAGUGCCGUGAUGACUUCUUGAACAGAGUUAAGCUCAACGCUGCCAAGAAGGCUGAAGCCAAGGAAAAGGGAGUCAAAGCCGUUGUUAAGCGUCAACCUCUUGCUCCUCGUGAAGCCCGUACCAUCACAACAAACAAGAACAAACCAGAGACUCUUGUUGCGGUCCCCUAUGAUACCUUUAUCUGA